CGCUCCUCUGAAGGAUCCCUGGCGUGGACAUUUUUUAAUUUUUCAUCACUUGGAUUUUUCUCAUGUGGCUUUUUUUGCGCAUUGAGCCCGGACGCUGCUGAGGUGUGUUUGAGCCGCUGAGCCGUUUCGAGAGAUGAAGACAAACGCUCGGUGAAUGGGAAACAGCAGCACGGAGACACCGCUACCUUUCCUUCAUACUGACGAACACGCUCAGCCUUCCGUUGGCGAGAUUUGCGCACACGAGACCGGAGCCGGUGUCUGCGCUGUGCGGGGCCGGGCGCGCGUCGUCUGGGAGGAGUAGGGAGGAUGGAGGCGUUUUUCACAGAGGGGGCCCGUGUUUGGGUCAGAGAGAAGGAGCAGCUGGUUCCCGGCACAGUCAACUCCUGCGGAGAUGGAACUCUUGUCAUCACAACCGACUAUGGAGAGGUGUUGUACCUGCAGCAGGCCGAGGUCACCAGGGAGCGGGUGUACGCGAUGCACCAGUCCAGCAUCGAUGGUGUGGAGGACAUGUCAGCGCUGGCUGAGCUGCACGAGGCCGCUAUCAUGCACAACCUGUACCAGCGCUACCAGAAGGAUAACAUCUACACUAAUAUCGGCAGCAUCCUGGCAGCCGUCAACCCCUACAAGCAGAUCUCAGGUCUGUACGACCCGGAGAGGGUGGAACAGUACUCCAAGCACCACAUCGGGGAGCUCCCUCCGCACAUCUUUGCCGUGGCCAACGAAUGCUACCGCUGCAUCUGGAAACGCCACGACAGUCAAUGUGUCCUCAUCAGUGGCGAGUCAGGGGCAGGGAAGACGGAGAGCACCAAACUGUUGCUUCAGUUCCUGUCAGUGAUGAGCCAAAACUCAGCCGGGACUUCUCCAUCAGAGAAAAGUACACGAGUGGAGCAGGCCAUCGUACAAAGCAGCCCCAUCAUGGAAGCGUUUGGUAAUGCAAAGACUGUUUACAACAACAACUCCAGUCGCUUUGGGAAAUUCAUCCAACUUCACUUCUCCGAGGGCGGAAACAUCCAGGGAGGCUGCGUCAUUGACUAUUUACUAGAAAAGAACCGAGUGGUACGACAAAACCCCGGAGAACGAAACUACCACAUCUUCUACGCUUUGCUGGCGGGCGCUAGCAAAGACCAUAAAAGCCUAUACUUCCUGGAGGACCCUCCCGAAUCUUUCCACUACCUCAGCCAAUCAGGAUGUCUGAAGGACAAGAGCCUGAACGACAAAGAGCUGUAUAACAGUGUUAUGGAGGCGCUGAAGGUGUUGCAGUUCACAGAGGAGGAGAUCAGAGACAUGUUUAAGCUGCUGUCGGGAGUCUUACAGCUGGGAAACAUCGAGUUCAUGACUGCAGGAGGAGCCCAGAUCACCACCAAGCAAGUGGUCACUAAUGCCAGCGAGCUGCUGGGGCUGGACGCCUUCCAGCUGUCUGAAGUCCUGACUCAGCGCUCCAUAAUCCUCAGAGGAGAGGAAAUCUGCUCUCCACUCACUAUAGAGCAGGCCGUGGAUUCCCGGGACUCUGUUGCCAUGGCGUUAUACUCGCAGUGUUUCUCCUGGAUCAUCCUCAAGAUCAAUCAGAAGAUCAAGGGGAAGGAAAACUUUAAAUCAAUUGGCAUCCUCGACAUCUUUGGCUUUGAGAACUUUGAGGUGAAUCGGUUCGAGCAGUUUAACAUCAACUACGCCAACGAGAAGCUUCAGGAGUACUUCAACAAGCAUAUCUUUUCUCUGGAGCAGCUCGAGUACAACAGGGAAGGUGUCCAGUGGGACGCCAUAGACUGGAUGGACAAUGCAGAGUGCCUCGACCUGAUAGAGAAGAAACUGGGUUUGCUGGCACUUGUGAAUGAAGAAAGUCGAUUCCCCAAAGGAACUGACUUCACUCUGUUGGAGAAGUUGCACAGCCGACACUCUACAAACCCUUACUAUGUUAAGCCCAGACUUGCUGAGUAUCAGUUUGGUAUCAAACAUUAUGCCGGGGAGGUCCUGUAUGAUGUUAGAGGGAUCCUGGAGAAGAACAGAGACACGUUCAGAGAUGACAUCCUCAACAUGCUCAAGGACAGCAGGCUGGACUUCAUCUACGACUUAUUUGAGAAGGUCGGCAGCAGGAAUAAUGAGGAGAAGAUGGGAACAGCCAGACGCAAACCCACCGUGAGCUCCCAGUUCAGGGACUCCCUUCAUGCUCUCAUGGCCACUCUGAGCGUGUCCAACCCUUUCUUCAUCCGCUGCAUUAAGCCCAACAUGAAAAAGAAUCCAAAUGUGUUUGACCCAGAGGUCGUCCUGAACCAGCUGAGAUAUUCUGGGAUGUUGGAGACUGUGAAGAUCCGUCGGGCCGGGUUCCCGGUCCGCAGAACCUUCAAAGAUUUCUCCUCUAGGUAUAAAAUCAUUAUGAAAGAGAAAUCAUCAGCAGCAGCAGCAGCAGCAGGAGACGAUAAGAAGAAAAGUACAGACCUUCUCACCAAAUAUGACAAGACCAAGAAAGAGUGGCAGCUGGGCAAGACCAAGGUGUUUAUGAAAGAGUCUCUGGAGCAGCGUUUGGAGAAAGACAGGGAUGAAGUCCGAAGUCAGGCUGCCAUGAUAAUUCGAGCCCAUCUGCUAACUUUCUCUGCCAAGAAGCACUUCAAGCGUGUCCGCACCAGUGUCGUCACUCUCCAGAAAAACCUCAGAAGACACAUCCAACGCCAGCGGUUCGUGAAGCAGCGCAAGGCAGUGCUGGUGCUGCAGAGACACCGGCGAGGCCAGGUGGCACGUACUCGAGUCCGAAAGCUCAGAGAGGAGAAGAAGAAGACGGAGGAAGAAAAGAAGAAGAAAGAGGAGGAGGAGAAGAAGAUGGCAGGCGAAGGGAAGCAAGAGGGAGUCAGUGAAGGAGCGCCGAAGAAGGAAGAUGACAGUGCUGCUGCUUCAAACGAGGCCCGGCAGAUGGAGGAGAUCCUCCAGUUGGAGCGAGAGAUCGAGCGCCUGCAGAAAAAGAGAGAGGACGAGGUGUCCCAGCUGUGCGAGUCCUCCAAACAGGAGCUGCAGCUGCGCCGGGACGCCGAGCUGAAACGGAUGAAGAAGGAGGCGUCCCGCAAAGCCACGGAGCUCAUCGACCUCCUGAAUUUCGGAGGCGUGGACCCCUCACUGGGAGCAGUCGCAGCCAAGCCUGCUGCAGAAGCGAAAGCUCCAAAAGCUGCCAGCAGAGGUGCGUCCAAGGAAGAGGAGGUGGACGAAGGGUUUCAUGCUGAGGAGGAGUGCAUCCCGCUCCCAGACUUCCCUCCUCCUGCUGAGACCGAUGCAAUUGAUCAGGACAUAUUUGCUCACCUCCCACCUCCCCCGCCUGCUUUUGCAGAGGGGACAGUCCCUCCUGCACCUCCUCCGCCACCUCCUCUCCCCACAGAUGGUGCACCUGUUGCUGGAAUUCCUCCCCCUCCUCCUCUACCUCCACCUGGAGAUGGCUCCGCUGGCCCUCCACCACCUCCUCCUCCUCCUCCUCCACCACCACCACCUCCCCCAGGAGACGGGGAGAAAAAAGAUGGAGCCAAGCCAGACCAGGAGAGGAAGGUGAGCAUGGUGGACAGCCUGGUGGACGGGGAGGAGCCCAUCUACAGCAUGCCGGCAGACACCGAGUCAGAUUACGACCAAGAGGAUGAGGAGGGGUCCGUCACUGCAGGAGACGACAGCUCCGUAUCAGGGAGCAACCGAGGGAGCGCUGCAGUGACGGAUGACGAGCACCCGAGGAAGUCGACCUGCACGAACGCCAGCAUCGAGUCCUACAGAGGCAGCUCUGACUCUUAUGCAGACAGUGACGAUGAACACGAUGGAAUGAUGGACACUGAUGAAGAAGUGACUAAUGGCAGAGUGACUUUGCUGAACGGGAAUGGACCGCCAUAUUUCCACGGCUACCUCUACAUGAAGGCUGGUCUGAUGAUCCCAUGGAGGAGACGUUGGUGUGUGCUGAAGGAUGAAACCUUCAUGUGGUUUCGCUCCAAACAAGAGUCUCUAAAGUCUGGCUGGCUCUACAAGAAGGGAGGAGGCCUGUCCACUCUCUCCCGCAGGUUAAACUGGAAGAUGCGCUGGUUUGUGCUGAGAGACAGCAAGCUGAUGUACUACGAGAACGACAGUGAGGAGAAGCUGAAGGGAACCAUCGACAUCCGAGCUGCCAAGGAAAUAGUGAACAAUCAUGAAAAGGAGAACGCUCUGAACAUUGUGACAGACGAGAGGACCUAUCAGGUGUUUGCUGAGUCUCCAGAGGAUGCGAGCGGCUGGUUUAAUGUGCUCAGUAAGGUGCGUGUGUGCACUCCUGAGCAGCUGCUGGAGAUGUCCCACGAACAGGCCAACCCAAAGAACGCCGUGGGAACUCUGGACGUGGGGCUGAUUGACUCCGUUUGUGCUUCAGAUAACCCGGAUCGGCCAAACUCUUUUGUCAUCAUUACGGCCAACCGCGUGAUCCACUGCAACAGCGACACACCGGAGGAGAUGCAUCACUGGAUCAGUCUGCUGCAGAAACCCAAAGGAGACGCCAGGAUAGACGGCCAGGAGUUCCUUGUCAGAGGCUGGCUGCAAAAAGAGAUGAAGACGAAUGCUAAGAGCACCUCCCUGAAGCUGAAGAAGCGCUGGUUUGUUUUGACCCACAACUCCCUGGAUUACUACAAGAGCUCGGAGCGAAACUCCUCCAAGAUGGGAACUCUGGUCCUUAACUCCCUCUGCUCCGUCAUUCAGCCGGAUGAACGCGUGCACCGGGAGACAGGUUACUGGAACAUCAUCGUGUACGGGAGGAAGCAUUCCUACCGUCUCUACACUAAGAUGCUGAACGAGGCCAUGAGGUGGACGGCAGCCAUACAGGGAGUCAUCGACAGCAAGACCCCGAUAGAGACCCCGACUCUGCAGCUCAUCAGAGACAUCAAGGAGAACAGCGUGAACCCAGACAUCGUGGAGCAGAUGUACAGGAGGAACCCCAUCCUCAGAUACACACAGCAUCCUCUGCACUCCCCUCUACUGCCGCUCCCUUACGGAGAGGUCACCAGCCUACAAAGGCAGCAGGGCUAUGCCAGUCUGCAGGAUGAGGCGGUGCGAGUUUUCAACUCACUGCAGGAGAUGGAGACGUUGGCAGACACAGUGCCCAUCAUCCAGGGCAUCCUGCAGACCUGCCAGGACCUGCGCCCUCUCAGGGAUGAGGUAUAUUGUCAGGUGAUCAAGCAGACCAAUCAUGUGCCUCAGCCUAACAGCCCAGCCAAUCGUGCACACUGGCACCUGCUCACCUGCAUGAGCUGCACCUUCCUGCCCAGUCGAGCCAUUCUCAGAUACCUCCGCUUCCACCUCAAGAGGGUACGGGAGCGUUAUCCCGGAACGGAGAUCGAGCGUUACGGCACUUUCAUCGGGGAGUCCCUGAAGAAGACCAAGACUCGUGAGUUUGUUCCGUCUCAGGAGGAGAUCGCCGCUCUGCUGGUGAGACAGGAGAUGAGCACCACCGUCUACUGCCACGGAGGAGGCUCCUGCAAGAUCUCCAUCAACUCGCACACCACAGCUGGAGAGGUUGUGGAGAAGCUGAUCCGAGGUUUGGCCAUGGAGGAGAGCAAGAACCUGUUUUCUCUGUUUGAGCACAACUCCUUCACAGACCGAGCUCUGGAGAGCAGAGUGAUUGUGGCCGACGUUCUGGCCAAGUUUGAAAGGUUGGCAGGCAGCGAAGAAGAGGAGGAGGAAGGAGAAUGGAAACUCUACUUCAAGCUCUACUGCUUCUUGGAUGUAGAGAGCAUGCCAAAAGAAGGAGUGGAGUUUGCUUUCAUGUUUGAGCAGGCCCAUGAGUCUUUGAUAAGCGGUCACUUCCCAGCCUCAGAGGAGACUUUGCAGCACCUGGCUGCUUUACGUCUUCAGUAUCUCCAUGGCGAUGGUGCAGGUCGGGCUGGAUGGAGCCUGGGAAGCGUUUAUCCGAUCGGACGUCUCCGCAAUCGCAUAAUCCACUCCACCAAGCCGGGUGUGGGGGCGGCGGGUGGAGCAGGAGGAGCUGGAGCAGGAGCAGGAGAUGGUAAGGGAAUGGCAGGAGGACAGGGAGGAGUUGGGGUUGGCACGGAGAAACGAAAGACCCCCAGCUUCCUGGACGGUACCCUGAGGAGAAGUUUCAAGACCGGGUCACUGAAGAAGCAGAAGGUGGAGGAGGAGCAGAUGCUGGAGAUGUGGGUGAAGGAGGAGACGUCUGCCACUCGGACCAGCGUUCUGGAGAAGUGGACCCGGUUGCAGGGCAUGCCUCAGCAUCAGGCCAUGCUGAAAUACAUGAGCAUCAUCAAGGAGUGGCCUGGAUAUGGAUCCACCCUGUUUGAUGUGGAGUGUAAAGAAGGUGGUUUCCCUCAUGAUCUGUGGCUGAGUGUGAGCGCUGACAACGUGUCAGUGUAUAAACGGGGUGAACCUAAACCACUGGAGACCUUCCAGUACGAACACAUCACCUUCUUUGGGGCUUCACAGCCCUGCACCUACAAGAUCAUCGUGGACGAGAGGGAGAUGUACUUUGAGACGCCACUGGUCGGGGAGAUCACAAAGAUCAUGAGGGCCUACAUUAACAUGGUGGUGAAGAAGCGUUGCAGCAUCAUGUCAGUGACCAGUAUAACCAGUACCUGGGUCAGGUGAUUGCCACAAACCAGUCAGAGCCCUCAGUUCACCCAGUGGCAACAGAUGCCUCGGCCCCCCCUGCAUCGGUCUGUUGGUUUUUCAUGAAGGCAGUCGCACCAACCAGUUACUCCUCAAGGUUGAAUCAAGCGGUGGAAGAUCGAACGGGGAAGACAGAAGUGGACACAGAAGCCAAACGCACACUCUACUGGCCUGGGUCUCACUUGGGAUACGGGGAUCUAUUUAAAAACGUGCAUGAUGAAGAAAACAGCCUGUGUGUUAGGACGGUCCUUUCAAAUACAUAACCCCCUCCAGUUGUAGUCCUGCAUGUAGAUGUUCAAGCACACUCCACACUUUUCUCUGCUUUCCCUUUCCGGACUAAAGUCAAUAAUAAUAACAACAAGCACAAAUCAGCCGCCCACUCCCAGUCUGUCCCAGGUGGCCCCCCUACCCCACUCCCAACCACCCAGUGCACUGCCAGACAGAAGAAAGCCACAUUUUCUCAGUUAAAUCUUUCUUUCCCCUCCAAUUUCAAGAGUCUCUCUCUUUCUCUUCACGUGUCCUCACUCCUGUUGCAUCUUUGUUUGCUAUUGGUAUUAAGUUAUUAUGCUGAAUUCUUGCUUGCUUUCUCUCUGUUGUUCUCUCUCUGUCGUUUAUCUGUAACAUCAGCUGCAUCACAUCUGUUUGUGACUUGAGAAAAAAGACUCAAUGAUGAUGAUUCUUCUUCAGGGCCGCUGAAGGGGAAAAAAAAAGAGCUCCCUGCCAUGACAUAGCGCUCGCUCGUCAGUGCCACCAUGUGGCCAAAGGAAGAAAACACAGCCAAAGGAAGUGGCUUUAAUUAUUUCUGAACAAUAUCAAAUUCUCGAGAAGAAAAAGAAGUUUUGCUUUGGAGGCACUCUGGUCACGUUUAACUUGACACGGGGAGUCAGCGCAUGGUUAACAAGGAGAACAAUAUCAACCAGAAUAGUAUGAAACAUUUCCCUAUCUAUGUCUGCAUAUAACACACACUACAUAUAUCUAUUGUAUAUUCACAUACACAUAAACUGAACCGACAUGUAUCGUUUUGUACUGUAUAACACACAUUAUAGGAGUUAUUAUUGAAUUUCCGGUGGCACUGCACUGUACAGUAUAUAGAUGCCAUACUGAAUGCAAAGUGACACCUCUCGUGUAAAAUACAUGGUGUUAAUAAUGACCACUGUAAGUCCGAAUAUGAUGCCAACACUGUACAUCGUUCACUGGCUGUGCCAUUAAUGUGACUCACGGAGAAAUAUGUAGUAAAAAAACACAGACAGGCUGCUAUGGUGGCCAUGUUUUCACAGUGUUUUGAAGAUUUUAUCAUCGCUGUCGUGUGUGGGACUCACUCUGCAGCAUCAAUUGGAGCCAUAAAAUAUUGUAUAUCCUUAUACGCCCAUGUCAUUCUCACUAUUUCUUUACUAAGAUCAGUGACUUGAACAAUAAUGCAUAAGAGCUCCGGUUUGUGUGUUUCCAACCUGUUUAUGAACAUGUGACUUUUAUAUUGUUACUGUACGCCCCCUGCUAUCUUAACCACCCUGAAGUGCUGUGUCUGGAAUGCUGCUGUGUGUGUGCGUGUGUGUGUGUGUGUGUGUGUGAGUGUAUUUAUGGUGUAACAGUUGGAGCAGAUAAUGGAAAUGAGAAAAGAGAAGUGAUUUUAGUGAGCGUAUUCUUCGGAAAUAUUUACAUGACAAACCUUUGCAAUGAAUGGUGUCGUGAUUGUGAGUUAAAGGGAAAUGCAUGGGAU